AUGGCAUUGGGCCCGACUCUUGGUACUGGGCUGUUCAUCGGCGCCGGGCAGGCGCUGGCAAUCGGUGGUCCAGCCUCGCUACUCAUUUCCUACGCAUUCUUAUCUCUCUUAACCUACUUCAUGGCCACGACUGUCGCCGAAGUCGCCACUCGUGCCCCGGCUCGUCACGGUACAUUGGUCACCAAUGGCUUCCGAUACAUGACGGACAGUAUGGGGUUCGCGGCCGGAAUUCUGCGCUGGUACACGCUAGCGAUGUUUGUCCCCUACGAGAUUACAACUGCAAUGGUAAACCUCGGGCUUUGGAACCCUGAUGUAACGAUUGCUUUGCGAUUGAUCAUUGUCAUUACUAUUGUUGUGGGAUCCAACUUCAUUCCGGAGAGACACUUUCGAACCUCUGAGCGCCUCUUCACCAGAAUCAAAGUCGGUACAAUGGCAUGUCUACUUGUUUUGUCGCUGUCUAUUGGGCUUGGAGGAGCCACGGGUCAUACGAAAUGGGGGUUCCAUUACUGGAAAAGGCCAGGGGCGAUGCACGAAUACUUAUUCCAUGGCUCUCUGGGCAAGUUUUGGGGCUUGCUCCAGUGUGUCUCGCACAGCUCUAUUGCGUUCACUUUCGCGCCCGAGAUCAUUGUCCACCGAGCUGAGACGUUUGAAUCUGUUCAUACCGAGAUUGGCGAGGCGCUAGAUCCGACUAUUCAAGACAGCCUCCCGGGCAAGGUUGCCUUCGAUGUGGCCACUACCACAUUGCCUUAUAUCCUGAGCUCCCUGGCGAUGGGUGUCAUGGCGCCCUACAACGAUCCGUUAUUGACCAACAAUGGAGCUGGAGCCGGUCUUUCGCCCUUCAUCAUUGGGAUGAACACUGCUCGCAUUCGAAUCGUUCCCGUCACUGCAACCCUUGCCAUCCUGGUUUCAUCCGUUGCUUCGGCUCGAUCGUUUCUAUUCCUCGCUUCACGAGCACUGUGUGCAAUGUCUGAGCUCGGCCAUGCUCAUCGGGCCCUCAAAGUACGCAACGAAUGGGGCGUUCCCUAUAUCGCCGUCGGCACCACCGGGCUUUUCUCCUUGUUAGCCUUCGUCUCCGUGAAAAUGUCGAGCUCAACCACGACCACCUAUUUCCUCGUCUUCGUGAACAGCUCCGGCUACCUGUCCUGGCUGGUUUCGUGCGUGAUAUUCCACUACUUCCGACAUAAUUCGGGCCUCCGUCACAAUACCAACUCUUAUCAAUUUGCCAUCCAGCCGUUUGGGACAUACUUUGGAGCCUUGAUGAGCGCGAUCUUGCUCAUGUCCAAUGGCUUAGUUGGAGGCAUACCGGGGCCUCGUCCUGGUCCAAAAGUCGCCAGACUUCUCGCCGCUUAUUUGAGCAUUCCCGUCUUCGCAGGUCUAUAUUUCGCUCAUCGUUUUCAAACGACGGUUCCUUAUCGGACAUCUCAUAGCGACUUGGGAGUGCACAACUGUCGGGACGAACAACGGAACAAAGCUGCCACUCAAACAUCCGAAGCGCAACAGGGAAGGUCAGCGCAGCCCGGUUCACCCGAGAUCGUUUAG